AGCAAAUGAGAUAAUAAUUGUUUCCCUUUUCUCUGAGGCUUCUCAGCUUCCCAGGAGAAAAAUCCUGGGCAAAGAGAUUUUUCCAGAGAAUGUGAAUGCUGCACAGCACCAAGGAGAAACACACAGCUGAGUGUAAUUUCACUUGGAAAUAUUUAAAUGCCAAGACUGUAUUUUGAUGGUGCUCUUCAUUAGCAGGUAUCUAACAACAGUGUGAGCAGUGAUUAUGCUGGGGCUGUGCUGGUAUCCUGCAGGGAUUAUGGCAGCACCAGUGAACAUGGACAGGAGCUCAUGGUCUAUUCCCAGAGGUGCUGAGCAUCCCCAGAUCAUUUUGUAGCCAGGAAAGCUGGGCAUUUUUGGUAUUUUGGGUGACCACUUGAAAGUCUGCUCACAAGGCUACACAUGCUGCUCCCAAGAAAUGGAGGAGAAGUACAGUCAGCAGAGUAAACACGACUUCAGAAACGCUGUUGUAGAGCUUAGCAAUCACCUACAGAACAUGUUUAGUUCCCGGUACAAGAAGUUUGAUGAGUUCUUCAAAGAGCUGCUGGAGAACGCAGAGAAGUCCCUGAACGACAUGUUUGUGCGGACGUACGGCCGGCUGUACAUGCAGAACUCGGAGCUCUUCAAGGACCUCUUCGUGGAGCUCAAGCGCUACUACGUGGGCGGCAACGUCAACCUGGAGGAGAUGCUCAACGAGUUCUGGGCGCGCCUGCUGGAGCGCAUGUUCCGCCUGGUGAACCCCCAGUACCACUUCACGGACGAGUACCUGGAGUGCGUCAGCAAGUACACGGAGCAGCUGAAGCCCUUCGGGGAUGUGCCCAGGAAGCUGAAGCUGCAGGUGACGCGCGCCUUCGUGGCCGCUCGCACCUUCGCCCAGGGCCUGGCCGUCGCCAGGGACGUCGUCAGCAAAGUGUCCGUGGUGAACCCCACGCCGCAGGGAACGCGGGCGCUGCUGAAAAUGAUGUACUGCCCACACUGCCGGGGCCUGGUGUCAGUGAAGCCCUGCUACAACUACUGCUUCAAUGUCAUGAGAGGCUGCUUGGCCAACCAAGGGGACUUGGAUGCCGAGUGGAAUAUCUUUAUGGAUUCGAUGCUGCUGGUAGCAGAGAGGCUGGAGGGACCUUUCAACAUUGAGUCAGUCAUGGACCCCAUCGAUGUGAAAAUUUCAGAUGCGAUCAUGAACAUGCAGGAGAACAGCAUGCAGGUGUCUCAGAAGGUUUUCCAGGGAUGUGGCCAGCCAAAGACACUUGCCCAAGGCCGGACUGCUCGCUCUGUCUCUGAAGGUGGUUUCACUGCUCGUUUCCGACCCUACAACCCAGAGGAGCGACCCACAACAGCUGCUGGCACGAGCCUGGACCGGCUGGUUACUGAUGUGAAAGAGAAGCUGAAACAAGCCAAAAAAUUUUGGUCAUCUCUCCCUGGCAACAUUUGCAAUGAUGAAAAGAUGUCUGUAGGCACUGUCAAUGAGAAUGAAUGCUGGAAUGGAAGCGCCAAGAGCAGGUACGACUUUGCAGUGACUGGAAAUGGUUUAGCAAGUCAGGUGAAUAACCCAGAGGUUGAGGUGGACAUUACCAAGCCAGACAUGGUGAUUCGCCGGCAGAUCAUGGCCCUGCGGGUGAUGACCAACAAGCUGAAGAAUGCCUACAGCGGCAACGACGUUGACUUCAUUGACAUAAGUGAGGAGAGCAGCGGCGAGGAGAGCGGCAGCGGCUGCGAGCUCCAGCAGUGCUCCCCCGAGUUCGAGUUCAACGCCACCGAGGUCACCGGCAGCUCCAACAAGAGCGACAAGACCGUGAACACUUCUGCUGCUGCCACCAGAAGUGGUCUAUCACAAGCAGCCUUGCUCCUUAGCCUUUUGUUCUUGGCCAUGCAAAGACAAUGGAGAUAAUUGUGCAGCAUAGGGGGAGGGGAAAAGACUUUUAUUAUCAAAGGUAGAAGGCACCUGCUUUCACUUUUAUACCAUCUAGAGACUUUGCUUUUUAAGUUAAUGGACAACAGUGUACAGUUUUUACUAUGUUGCCACUGGUUUUAAGAUACUGAUUUAUUUUUUUUCCCUUGCUAUCCUGGGAAUAACAGGAAUGGGAAGUACCAGUCUAUCCCGUUCACCAAGAAUCCAUGUUAGAGGUGGAUAACAAAAAUGUAUAUACAAGCCUGUAGUUAGCUCUGCAUUUGUGUCUUUAUCACUUUUUUUUUCUUUUACUGUAUUUCUUACGAAAACAAAAACCCCAGGGUCUUCUCUUG